AUGCUUGGUUCAUGGUUUGCCGGCAGAGGGCAUAGGGAAAGCAGCGCUGGGACUGAUACGCUCGACUCCUCUGCACUGCCGCGAAGGUCCUCCGUAUCCCGCGAGGCCGGCGAAGGCGUGUCUCAACGUGCUGCCCCUGCUGCUUUGUCAAACCCCCAUGACGCUGUUCUAGCGGAAUUAUCUGGUGGCGGUCAAACUGCUAUAUCGUCGCAGAAAUCCAGUGUGGGUGCCCAGCAUGGCUCGGUACCAAACGACCAAACCCCUUCUCGUUCACCGUCUACAGCGGCGCCUACGCCUGUUCCAGAGACUAUGUACGAUCCUUUCACUGGUGCGCCCUUAGGAACAAUGCAUUCGCCGGUUAACACUGCUCUGGAAGAUCCGGAAGCUACCAGAGACCAGUUAUGGAGCCAUCUCUCCCGUAUCCGUGAAUUACAGAGUGACAUUGCUGCUAUGCAUGUCACCAUGGAAAAGAUUGGACAGCCUGACAACAAGAGACACAGGAAAGGAAAGGAUGAAAGGAUUGCCACAGCAGCACUGCGACUGAGGGAGCGCGAGUCUGUAUGGGACACUGAGGGUGAGGGCGAGACUGAACCCGAGCUUGACUCCGAUAAGGAGAAGAGGAAGGCGAAAGACGAAGAAUUUGACAGACUGGCUGACAAGUUUAUGGGGCGCAAGGAGGCUAUAGAUGACAUUAUGAAGAAGGUGAACAAACCCCUACUUCAGUCAACACUUCUGCUGACUUGGCUGAGACAUAACGUGUAUGGUUCCCUUCAGCUGGAUGAACUCUCCCAAGCGGUCACUACUUUCCACUCGUUACGGACACCUACGAUUGACUUUACAGCAUCGGGCGGGAAUGCUUCCACGGUCCAGCCUACUCCGACUACCUCGCCUGUUGCACCUCCAGAUGCAGAUCCGUCGAGCGGGUACGACGUUGGGCCUUUGACUUCCCGUCCAUCGACUCCUUCAGUGCUGUCCAAAGGAACCGUUUCCGCCUCUGCUAUAACCUCAUCUCCUCGGGUAGCGGCUGCUGAUCCUGCUGCUGAUGCAAGUCCGGAGAAGCCCCAUCCGCCAAUAUUCCUUACUCAGCUCGGGAGUGACCAUCCCGUCCUCAUAGACAGCCCUGCGUCUAUCGAGAUCGGCUUGCCCAAGACCAACACCUGA